GGUGGAUACAAGGGCGACUGACUGGUGGUGCUGUGGAUGUGGUGCUGUUGGUGGUGCGAACACGAGAGAGACAGACGCAGGAAGGACAACAAGCAAAGGCGACACACGCACACACACGAGCAGAAGGAAGAAGCAGCAGCAGGCAACGCACAGCGCGUGUUGGAGGAGGAAGACAGGUUCACAGGGUCAACACAAGGAGAAAAGGCGCCAAGCCACACACCACGCUCAUUAACCAACGUGCAGCACACUGAAACACGCAACGACAUCACCAACAAACGGUCAUGGAUCGCCUUGCAGACCUGCGAGAGUUGGCUGGAACAGUGGCAGACGACGAGGAGCCCGAAGAGCAGAACAAGGAUGAGGUGACGGUGCAGGUGGACGGCGACAAGCAGGCUGAUGAGGAGCCAUCGCCCUUCAUGUCAGACUUCUUCGAUCUGGUCAAACGCAUCAUCGAGGACAUCAGCACCAUCAACCAGCAAAUUGACAUCCUGGCGGUCAAGCACGAGCAAGUCAUCGCCGAGGCCAACUCAAACAAAGCAAACGAGAUCAACAAACAACUACAUGAGCACAUGGACAACAUCAGCGCCAUCGCAAACAGAAUACGCCGAGACCUCAAAGCGAUUGAGCAAGAGAACAAGCGUCUCGGGAACCAGAAAACAAAUGUGUUUGAAGACGGCACCGUCUCCACAGAGCUCCGUAUCCGCCAGUCCCAGCACUCCACGCUCAGCCGCAAGUUUGUCGAGGUGAUGACGCGCUAUAACGAUGUGCAAGCGCAGAACAAGCAGAAGUACUCGGAGGCCGUUCGGCGCCUCUGCUACGUCUGCGAUCCGACGAUGAGCGAGGAGUCUGUUCAGGUCGUGCUGGAGCACGGCACCGCAGGCGUCUUCUCCGGCCUCAGGGUACGGCAAAAGGGGGCGAGGGGGGAGCGAUGAUAGUGAUGCCAAUGAUAGACGGAUGGAUGGAUGGAUGGAUGGAUUCCUGGAGAGGGCGCUCAACCUUUAAAUCCGCACACAAACACAUACACACAC